ACUCGAACAAAACCGGAAGUGAUUCUGAAAAAUAAACAUGGACGACACGGAGAGAAGCAGGUGCCCGCCGGAUAAUGUUUACUGUUAAAAUGCAUUAUUUUGCGCGUUAUGUGGAUUUAACUUAUAGGUUAGACAUUGGCACACCAAAAUGAGGUAACGAAAAACAAAAACAGACAAUGGUAGAUGAGAAGAGAAAUAUCUUUUCAACCAAUGUAAGGUGAAACUGAGCAGGUAUUAAUGGCAUACCUGCAUUUUUCCCAAUAUGUCACAGUUUUUCAAGUCAGAAUUCAGAACAGUGACUAGCAGAUUGAGCUAGAUACUAUGCCAUAUUUGUUAAGAAAUGAAUUAGAGGAGCUGUCUUGUUAGUGGUAACAAAGUUUAAAAAAAUAAAUAUGGAGAAAGAAGAUAGGAGACUCCCUAUCAUUGACGAGAAAAGGUUUGCCAUCCUGACAAAGGAAUCGAUAAGACUUAUCGCAGAAGCUGGAGGGCAUUCAGAUUUACCAGAUGAUGUGGCUGCUCUGUUGGGAGAGGAUGUCAGCUAUAGACUCCGUGAGGCAGCCCAGAAUGGAGCACAGUAUAUGAAGCAUGCCAAAAGGAAAAAGAUGACCACAGACGAUUUUAAUAAAUCACUAAAAGUCAGUGAUAUUCAGCCAAUCCAUGGGUUCAGAUCUCCAGAAAGCUUGCCUUUUCGACAGACCAAAGAUGGGGAACUCUUCUUUGUUGAAGAUUCAGAAACAAACUUUGCCAAUGUUGCCUUCAGUAAUUAUGUUCCGAAAAAUCCAGGAGAAACCUCCAUUAAAGCUCACUGGCUUGCUGUUGAAGGUGUUUCAAAAGUGUCGUCUGCUCUCCAUCAAAAUCUCAUCAAACCAAUCAUUAAACGUGAGGACUUGCAGAUGUACUUUGACAAUGUGACCAAUGCCAUCCUAGGCUGUGACCCUGAUGCCAUGAAGAUAGCACUACAAGAUCUCAGGACUAACUCCCAAAUUGUACCCCUUCUUCCUCGCUUUGUUAGCUUUGUUGCCAACGGGGUAAAAACAGUGAGUCAUGAUAUUUGCCAACUGACAAAGCUGCUGCAUACCAUUAAAGCACUCAUCAACAACACCUCACUGUACCUGGAGCCUCAGCCUUACCUGAACUUGAUGGUACAGGGUACCACCUACUGUCUGCUUGAACCCCUUGCUGCAUCCAUCAAUCCGUCCAAUGAUCACUGGGCUUUGCGUGACUAUGCUGCUCGCCUGCUGGCCCAGAUCAUUAUGUCCUGGUCUAGUCCCAUCAACCAUCUGUUGUACAACACUGUAAAGAACCUGAAGGAAGUAUUGUGUGACCACGCUAAGCCUUUCUGUUGUCACUAUGGUGCUGUCAUGGGUCUUACUGCCCUAGGUUACAAGCCUGUGGAGGAUGUGUUGAUCCCUCACCUCCCUGUAUACUGGCCUCAUCUUAUUUCUGUGCUGGAGGACACAUCCUAUGCUAACGCCAUCACAAAGUCUGAUGCCCACAAGGUCCAUGGUGCCAUGCUGCUGGCUGUAGAGUUUUUGAUGAAGAAAUAUAUCAGAAUGUUUGAGCAGCAAGUAGAUGAGUACGACAACAACAAAAUGGAGGUAAAGAUCAAACCAAAGGAGCAGACAUCUCCUACAAAGACCGAUACCAAUUCCUCUCAGUUACAGUCAUCUGUCGGGCAGUUUUACAGGGAAAUGUAUGAGUACUUUGGUGAUAGCCUAGCUAUCAGACUUCCUGUCUUGUGUGAAAAAAUUGAUCUCAAAGGAAAAGUGUUUGUGGCUAAGAAAAAGGAAAAAACAGUAUCAUUAACUGAUCCUGAAGCCGCAAAAAGUGGUGAUGAACUUCUCGCAGAGUUCAUGGAACAGGUGAGAAUUCAGGAAAUUCUGGAUAAGGAAAGGCGUGAGAGAGAAAGAAUUGAAAAUGCAAGACUUGAAGUGUUACGAAAACAGAGAGAAGAGCAAGAGCGUAUACUUAGAGAAAAACAAGAAAUGAUUGAUAGAAUGAAGCAGGCAGAACAAGACAAACAAGCACAUGAACUUGAGCUGUUACGACAGCAUCACAUGCGACGAUCAGCAGAAUUGUUAGAAAUUGAGAAGCAGAGACAUAAAGAUAUGUUAAAUCAAACCAAAAAAGACUUACGUGUGUUAAAAAAGCCCAGUUACAAAGAAAUCGAUACAGAUGAUGAAGAAGACGAAUUUCGUGAUAAUAGAAGAAGAAUGAUUCCUGUCAAAACACCUCAGCUACCUCAAGCGAGUCGUGAAGUGGAGACGGCAGAGGAUGGUAACUUCCCCGGGUCGAGUCAAGCUCACCUGGCUGUGAGUACGGUUAGUGACACAAGUGAAGGCAUCAAACUCAAGUUUGUUAGACGGCCACCGUUAAAAAUUCAAAUCAAGCCUCUCGCUGUGCCCUCACCUCCAUCACGAGAUCAAAAAGACUCUAAACACAGUGGCAAAAAACGGAAACAGAGUCAAAGAACUAGUACAUCAACAUCUUCUAAUUUUGAUGCCUAUGAAUUUAUAGAAUCAGAUCCAGAGGAUUUUAAACAGCAGUUAUCAUUUAAGCCUCACUAUUAUUCCUCAGAGGGAGAGAAUUCAGACGGUGCAGGGCAUAAAAAGCCCUUAACAUUGAAACUUAAAGUAAAAGAUCCACGGGAUUUUACAUCAGAAUGAUAGGUGUAAGGUGUGUACAACAGAAAUAAAGCAUUAUACAAAUGA